AAGAGCACUGAUACUGGAGAGAAAAUCGUGCACCGCCAGUCGGAACGAAAUAUCCUACGAAGAUAGUUGUAUUAGAGAGACGCGAGAACCCCGCGACAGGAGAUCAACCGCACGCGUAAAAAAAUAUAUAUACAUAUAUCGAUAGCACGAGGGAAUUUGGCCUUAAAAAUUCAUACGAAUUAAUUGAGGGAACUAUAGAAGAAAGUAACUCAUCGUAGGAUAGCGAGGACAAAGAGAAAUAAAAUCGUUUGAAGAAACAUCGAUAUUUUUGCAAUUUGACAGACAAGAAAUCGAACAUUUCAAACAACUUUCGUUCCGAACGAGAUUCAAGUGUAAACGACAUUUUUCGUCGCCGCUACGUUCCAAACUCGCUAGAUUCGUUCGCCAAAAGACGAAGGAUAUUGAAGCAUUUUAAAAUAAAUUCAAAAAAGAGUAUAUUGUAGAUACACAUUAAAGCGAAAAAUAAUGGCGGAAGAAAAGAAUGAAACGAGUCCGGUGGUAGAGGGCGGCGAGAAGACGCCCCAGGAUGCCGGUACGCCACCGAAAAAUGACGAUAACGAAAGCACCAAGGAAAUAAUAAAAGAAAAAUCGAAUGUCGACGAUAAGGAAAAAAAGGUCGAGGAAAAUGGUGAUACUGAAAAACCCAAGGAGAACGGAGAAGAGAAGACCCCGGAAGUCAAGGACAUGCGUGCGAUCGUACUUAACGGUUUUGGGGGACUCAAGAGUGUCAAGGCGCUGCGAAAACCUGAACCUCAGCUAGCCGAGGGUGAAGUACUCAUCCGAGUCAAAGCAUGUGGCCUGAAUUUCCAAGAUCUCAUGGCGAGACAGGGAGUCAUCGAUUCGCCACCGAAAACUCCGUUCAUCAUGGGCUCCGAGUGUUCCGGUGAUAUCGAAGCAGUUGGCGAAGGAGUGGAAAACUUCAAAGUCGGUGAUCGAGUUGUCGCUUUACCGGACCACAAAGCUUGGUCUGAGCUUGUCGCAGUUCCAGCGACUUCGGUUUUCGCUCUGCCAGAAGGUAUGAGUUACUUGGACGCUGCAGCUAUCACUAUGAACUACACUGUCGCCUACAUACUACUGUUCGACUUGACGUGUCUGACGCCUGGCAAGAGUCUCUUGCUCCACAGCGCCGGAGGUGGUGUGGGUCAGGCAGUUGUACAAUUGGCGAAAACUGUUGAGGACGUUACGAUCUUCGGCGUUUGCAGCAAGUCCAAGCACGAGGAGCUCAAAACGGUCGGUACGAUUGAUCAUCUUCUCGAGCGUGGCAGCGACUACAGUCACGAAGUCAGAAAAGUUUCUCCUGAGGGCGUUGAUAUUGUUCUCGACUGUGUUGGUGGCGAGGAAUGGAACAGAGGAUUCGCCUUACUGAAACCCAUGGGAAAAUACGUUCUUUACGGAUCGAGCAAUGUCGUGACCGGUGAAACGAAAAGCUUCUUCUCCGUUGCCCGAUACUGGUGGACGAUGGACAAAGUAUCACCGAUUAAGCUCUUCGAGGACAAUAAAACUCUGUCGGGACUGAAUCUCCGUCGUUUGAUGCAUCAACACGGUGCUCACGCUUUUGUAAGGAGAGCAGUAAAGCAGGUAUACCAAUUGUGGGCUGAAGGAAAGAUAAAGCCACGUGUUGACUCAACGUGGGCACUCGAGGAUGUACCCGAAGCGAUGCAGAAGAUGCACGACCGCAAGAACAUCGGUAAAAUCGUACUUGAUCCGAGUCUCGAGCCGAAACCAAAACCAAUGACACCAGCGAAGGGCAAGGGGAAGGACAAGAAAGCGGCCAAUCAGGAGGAUAAGAAAGCAUCGAGCGUUGACUCGGAGGAGGGCGAGAAAAAGAAGGAACCCGAAUUGACAAAUGGAACGUCCGAAGAUAAAUCUGACAGCGAUUCGAAGGAAAAAGAAUCAAGCUGAAUUACCAAUGGGACUGACGAGAUUUAAACGCGAAGUCGACGUCGUGAUCGAGGCAAGAGCGUAGGGUACACCAACAAAAAAUAAAUAAAAGACACGACACGUGAAAACACGGAGGGAAGAAUUUGAUAUUUUUUUUCUAUAUUUUUUCCGAGUAAUACGAAAUUGUUUCGAGCUCUAAUAGGAAAAAACCAACGAACAACAUCUUUUGGCUGAGUUGAAAAAAAAACGAGAGAUAUUUGCGAGUGAAGGUCGUAGCGUUCGCGCAAACGAGAAGACGAAAAUAAAACUGGAAUAAAAUAUCUAAAAGGCGUGUGGGAGCUAAGAUAAGUAAUCAACCAAAUAAAUAUCAAUUUUGACGUGGUCCACAAUAGUAGUUUGCAGUGAAUUAACAAGAUUAGAACAGAUGAAUGAAGGAAACAAACUUUGAGGUAAACGAACAAAACAAAACGCGAUUUUAUUUUUAAUACCAUGAGUGCGAUGAUGUUGAGCGCCUAAAGACCGGAUGGAAAUAAAUAUCAGUUUAAUUUUUCAUGAAAAAAAAUGCGAUAGUCCGACGACGACGGAAACAAAAUACAAUUAUAAUAAUAAUAAUAACGAUACCAGGUAACAAGAAAUGUCAAAACAAAUAUUUACGUACGAACUAUCAAAUAUAUUGCAAACAGAUCGAAAAUGAGAAAAAAAAACAUAUAGGACGUACCUUCUACUACGAAUUAAUCAAUACCUGCUGAUACGAGGAGAGGGACAAAAUACAUUUUUUUAAAUCUAUUAAUCACUCUUCGACUAAAUCCAAUUAUCGCUAUUUCUACUAUCCAAAUACUACGCCUGCGAUUGCUAGAUAAUAAUACUGCUGCUGAGAAAACUCGUCCAAAAUAUUUUUUUUCCAUUUUGGAGAUGACAAGUUUUUUUUUCAAUUCGCUCACGACGAAUCACAUCGAAGAAAACCACUCAAUAUUUUAUGACAAAUCGCUCACGCGGAAAUGUACUGUAGCGUUUAUACGGAUAAAAAAAGCCUUCGUGAAAGUAUCCAAUAAAGAUAUAAUAACGAGCAUCCAUAUAUUUUCGCUCAAUUUUCCACUUUUUAACGAAAAUAUAUCAAUUUUUUGUAAACAUCAAGCUUAAGGCCUCGAUAAAUUAUGUUCAGUAUUACUGCCAAUUUGAUGGUAACGCUCGCGACUGAGACACUUGUGACCAAUUUUUUCUAUUCCGAUUGUUCAAUUUUUGAAAUCGGCUUUAUACAAAUGAUGAGUAAAAUAUGAGAAACUAAAUGGAAAUUAUACAUUUACGUACUGUCGUCAAAAUUCAUUUUUAAAAUAAACAUAUGCAUAUCUCCUACAAAGGAAUUUCGUGAAAAAAUAGUCUAAAAUAAUAUAUGUAAUCGAAGGACAAAAAAGAAAGAGAAAUUCAAGAUUGGUCGCUUACGGGUCGGUAGAAACUUUUACUGAUAGCCGAACAUUCUUUUUUAAAUUUGAUACAAAGAUAAAUUUUUUAUUACUACUACUGCCUUUCACCACGUUUCAGUUUGAGAAAAAAAAAUAUCAUUUUUAAAUUUAAAUGAACGCGCGAUGGUAAAUAAACGCAUUUAUAAAUGCUAUUUUGUCGACGAAGAAACGAAGAGUCUUUUGGAAGUCUGGAAAAAAUGAAGAUAAGCAAAUAAAAAGAUGAUAUGAAAUAUGCACGUGGCUCGAGACACAGAACGCACACACCCACAAAAAAAUGUGUAAGAAUAAAACAGCGCAUGAAGAAAAAAGAUAAAUAAGAAAAUUGAUGAAAAAAAAGAACAAACAUACGAACACACGAACAAGACACUGUAUAUUUUACUUAAGGCUUUAAAUGUUUCAUCAAAUAAGUAUCUAUUAUAUUAUAAUAUAUCUAUAUA